GGUUUCUUAUUUUUCCCUUACUUUCCCUUCUCCACUGAAUUCCUUAAUCCCGAGCCCUCACUCCCGCGACACCGCCGAACCCCUUUCUUCAUCGCCGACUUCUUCCCCUAAGCCUCACCUCGUGACGCCGCCCUCUCCAUCCUCCCUUCCCUCUCGCGAGUUCCUGGGCGUUGCCGGCCUCUCCUCACGCCAACAUCAGAGAUGAGGCCCAGUCGCCGGUCUCCUCUCUUCCUUGUGUGCGAGCAGGCGAUCUUCUUAUUUCCCUCACGAGGACAACACAGCAGCGAUCCUUCUCCCUCGCUCGAGCACUGCGGACCACAACCGUCGAUCCUCUUCUCUCCGAGCCGUGCCUUAACUGGUCAGAUAAUUGGCAUCCUAUGGUAUAUUGUUGGAAAGCUGAAGCUAAAGCAAAUUUUUCAGCCUCCCAUUAUUGCCUCAGCUUUGGCUAUCAUCAUUGGCGCUAUACCAUUUUUGAAGAACUUCAUCUUGACUGAUGAUACCCCGCUAUUCUUCUUCACUGACAGCUGCCUUAUUCUUGGGGAAGCGAUGAUCCCAUGUAUUUUGCUUGCUCUGGGUGGAAAUCUUGUGGAUGGCUCUGGCCCAGGCAGUAAAAGACUUGGUUUACGAACAACUGCUGCUAUCAUAUUUGGAAGAUUGGUUUUGGUUCCUCCUACAGGACUUGGAAUAAUCACCAUUGCUGACAAGCUUGGACUUUUUCCCAGGGGCGACAAAAUGUUCAAAUUUGUCCUGCUGCUGCAGCACACUAUGCCAGAAAGAUAUGUACAACAUCUUUGUCAUCAUCAUCUUUAUGCCAUUUAUUCUGGGGAAAUGACUUAACUUGCAAUCAUAUGCUAUUUACCUCAGGGAAAAGAUAAUGACCAUACCCAGAAAGGAGAAGAAAAGAGAAGCUAGGAGGGAGGAGAAAGCACAGGGUGUUUAGAAAGCAUAUAUAAACUCUGCAUAAUACCUCAGGGAAAAGGCUGCAGUUCUCGAUAUGGUGUUUAGAAGAUGCACAGGGUAUUUAGAAGAUGCACAGGUAGAGAAGAUUUGAUCCAACAAAACAAGAUAUUUUGGACUUCAUAUAUAUGUGUGAUAUAUUGUUAUGGGUACUAUUUAGUUUU